AUGGCUUCCUCUCUGCAGAGGCUCGCUGGCCACGGCGCCAAGCGUCUCUGCCUCCGACCUGCGACGAGGCAUCUCGCAGCACGACCCUUCUCGACGACAUGCCUUCGAAAAUACGCUACUCCCGAGCCCAUGGGAACCAGACUCAUCCCCGUUGAUGACGACUUUGCCCAUCCCAGCGAUCCCUACGGCACCACACAGCACAUCCCCGGGUCGGUAAAAAAGUCGCGCGAGAACUCGGUCGAGGACCGCAAGGUUAGACACUACACCGUCAACUUUGGUCCUCAGCAUCCUGCUGCCCACGGUGUGCUUCGACUUAUUCUCGAGCUCAAUGGCGAAGAAAUCAUUCGUGCCGACCCUCACGUCGGUCUUCUGCACCGAGGCACUGAGAAGUUGAUUGAGUACAAGUCAUACCUGCAGGCGCUCCCCUACUUCGACCGAUUGGAUUACGUUUCUAUGAUGACCAACGAGCAAUGCUUUGCCCUUGCUGUCGAGAAGCUUCUCAACAUUGAAAUUCCCGAGCGUGCCAAGUAUAUCCGUACUCUGUUUGGAGAAAUCACCCGAGUCCUGAACCAUCUGAUGUCUGUGUUGUCCCACGCAAUGGACGUUGGUGCUCUGACGCCUUUCCUUUGGGGUUUCGAGGAACGAGAGAAGCUCAUGGAAUUCUACGAACGUGUCUCUGGUGCCCGUCUUCACGCCGCCUAUGUUCGCCCCGGUGGUGUCCACCAAGAUAUCCCUGUUGGUUUGCUCGACGACAUCUACCAGUGGGCUACCCAGUUCGGUGACCGCAUUGACGAGACGGAAGAAAUGCUUACUGAUAACCGUAUCUGGGUUGAGCGACUGAGAGGUGUCGGUGUCGUCUCCGCCGCCGAUGCUCUCAACCUCUCCUUCACUGGUGUUAUGCUCCGAGGCUCUGGUGUUCCCUGGGAUAUCCGAAAGAGCCAGCCCUACGACGCCUACGACAAGGUCGAGUUCGAUGUCCCCGUGGGCAAGAACGGUGACUGCUACGAUCGCUACCUCUGCCGAAUGGAGGAGUUCCGCCAGUCCCUCCGCAUUAUCCACCAAUGUCUGAACCAGAUGCCCGCCGGACCCGUCCGUGUUGAGGACUACAAGAUCUCACCUCCCCCUCGUACCGCCAUGAAGGAGAACAUGGAGGCCCUCAUUCACCACUUCCUUCUGUACACUAAGGGCUAUGCUGUUCCUCCCGGCGAGACCUACUCCGUCAUUGAGGCCCCCAAGGGUGAAAUGGGUGUGUAUGUUGUCAGUGAUGGUAGCGAGCGUCCUUAUAGGUGCCACAUUCGUGCUCCUGGAUUUGCUCACUUGGGCGGUUUCGAUCAUGUCUCCAAGGGUCACUUGUUGGCCGAUGCUGUUGCCGUAAUUGGUACCAUGGAUUUGGUGUUUGGUGAGGUGGAUCGGUAA